GGAGCCACCACUUUUGGUGACCUAAAAGAGUUCUUUGCUUCCACUGCCGUCACCUGUAAUUCCGGCGGCGAUGGCUCCACCACUAUUUUCUUUUCUUUCUUUUAUCCUUAAAACAACUUCCUCAUUCAAAUGAAAAAAAAGAAAAAAAAACCCGUUGUCACACAAAAAAAUUAUUAAAAGAGGAACUUCUCUCUUGUCAUCUCCAUGGUUCUUUAAAAUAAACCCCCUAACUCUUCACAAACCCUCUCAACCCAUCCUUGUAUCUUCUCAAAAUCAUGGGAAAAAAUGAUAGUUGUUUCUCUACAAUUCACUAGAAGACUGUGUCAGUCGAAAUAUAAUCAGGAAGUGGUCACGAUCGGGGCAGACCCCGAUUUGGCAGCAGCCGAUAAGGAAGCCGGCUAUGUGGCGGUGCGACUUCGGAACCAGUUGGCAAGGGAGGAAGUCAAAAUGGUGGAAGAAUUUGACAACCAGCGGGUGAAGAGGGAAGCGAAAUCCAUACUCAAGGGAUUUGAUAUGGAUCGCGAAGAAACUCGAAGGAGCGUCGUAGACAGAGUCCUCGGGAGUGGGACGACACACAAAGACACCGGGACAUGCGACGAAACGCAUCGCUUUGCGAUACUCGUCGCUCGUCAGGUCACAUUUUUGCGCACGGAUGACCGAGUCCCCUGGGGCCGUUCGCUUCUAGUGGCGGGGCUUGACGGCCCGCGGGAGCUCACCCGCCACUAUCUCCUUGAGAGAGGGCGAGCUCGGUUGACUCCCUUGACGAUGUCUUUGUUAAUCCCUGUAAGUGCUCAUUCUGGAGCUCAGUACUCAGUUUGUUCUGACAUCCGUGAAGCCAUCAACAACAUUGAGAAGAAAUUGAGUCCUAGUCAAUUUGAAGAAUUUCACAGGACUCCAAUUGGGCACUUCAUGGGGCUUAAGAACCUCCAGUUUUCUGGCCAGAUCAUUCACCAAAUGCUUUUGUUGCUUGUUGAGGAUCAACCUGACGAUGAAUUCUGGAUCCUCCAAAAUGGAGGGGAGGUUGCGAAGUGCACCUUCAAGCAUGUACGAGAGAAGUAUGUUACAACGGAGAAUACCAUGGAUUCGAAGAAAAUGGAUUCUGAUGCCGACACCGUUCGAGCCAUUAGAGAUUUGAAGAAAAGGAUGGAUGGACUUGAAGUGAAGAUUGAUGAAAUCAAGAAGUUGUUGGUGGAGGUUGUUAUGAACCUGAAUUCAAGUGGCCGAAGGAGAAGAUAUGUUAAAAUUCAGAGACAGAAGAGAGCAAGGACAAAGGCUGCUGAGGAAGAUGAUGAGGAUUUAGAAGAAGAUGAUGAAAUCGAGGAGGCUGCUGAGGAAUAUGAGGAGGAGACUGGAGCUGAUGAAGAUCAAGAGGAGAAUGCGAUUGGGGAAAAUGAGGAUACAGAGCAAAUUGAGGAUGAGCACACUGCUGUUGAAAAGUCUCACAACGACAGCGACGAGGAUCGUGCUGAAAAGGAGGGGACUGCUGAACAUGAACCCCAAGACAACAUGACUACUACCCUUAAUUCUCAAGAAGCUCUUCCAAUUCCAAGUGAUACACAUAUGUUUGAAGUGGAUUCACAUAUGGUUGAAGUGGAUGACAAGGAGGGUGACGAUUUAGAUGAAGAAAAGCUUCUGAUGGAAUUGACUCUCAACAAGAACCACUUACUACGUAUGAGUGCCGAUGAAUAUGUGUGGUCUAAGGAUAAGUUCUUAAGCAAGUUUGAUUGGUCUGGCAUUGAAAAGAUUUUUUUGCCCGUGAAUGGAGAUGGGAGGCAUUGGCUUCUAGCUGAAAUAGAUCUCUUACGAAAUCAAGUUCGAGUUUAUGACUCCUUGAAAGGGCCGAAAUCCUCAUUCUACGUCAAAGAAGUAGUAAGAAGAAUAUCCCCCCUACUUCGCACGGUUAAGGGUGUGGGUGCAAACACUUUGGAGAAGGAAUGGGAAACAAUUGUUGUCAAUGGAGUUCCAUCUUUAGCUUUGCGAGUUGUCCUCGUCCGCAUUGGAAAUCCUACACUUCGAGCAUAAGCCAGAUAGUGUUCUCGAAUUUCUCCAAUGCUUGUAAACUUCAUCCCCACUUCAGGCACGCUACCUUUGUUUCUUUUAGAAGGGCAUUGACCAUUGUUCCGGACAUCAUUGUUAAUGUCAUCUGUGUUCUGUGGAAUCUCACCACUCGCCUGUUCUUGCCCUUCGUCGUUAAAUAAAUACUGAAAGCAAGG